AUACUCUCAAUGUUGAGGUUGUGUUUUUUCAUUUGUUUUGUGGCAUACUGUGUGAGAGCAGGUCAAGAAUGUCCUAAAUUCACAGAUCUUAAUUUUGGCAAUGCUGUGAUUGGCACAGAUGUGAAGGUGAAACUGCUUUUGUACACACGAAGAAAUAACGACUGUGCUGAGCUUCUUGAUGAACACAAUAUAACAACUUCUACACAUUUUAAUGUAACCAAGAAUAUUGUUUUUAUCAUUCAUGGGUAUAGAUUUACAGGUUCUCCUCCAAUAUGGAUUGAUACAAUUAAAGAUCUUCUGCUUGAAAAAGAAGAUUUCAACAUCAUUAUAGUAGAUUGGAAUCGGGGUGCAACAACAUUGAAUUAUUUUGGUGCUGUUUCUAGCACGAAGAAAGUUGUACCCAGCUUAACACAUCUUAUUGAUCAAAUGUUGGAGAAUGGUGUUGCUAUUGAUUCUAUUUAUAUGAUUGGUGUAAGCCUAGGGGCUCAUAUAGCUGGAUUUGUUGGGAAGACAUAUAAUGGCAAAAUUGGAAGAAUUACAGGUCUUGACCCAGCAGGUCCAUUGUUUGCCAGAAAGCUGGCUAAUGAGAGGCUGGAUCAUACUGAUGCUCAGUUUGUGGAUGUCAUUCAUUCUGAUACUGAUGGCUUUGGUAUCAAGGAGUCUUUGGGAAACAUUGAUUUCUAUCCAAAUGGAGGAACAGAUCAGCCCGGAUGUCCAAAGACAAUACUUAGUGGAGCAUCUUAUUUCAAAUGUGAUCACCAGAGAUCUGUUUUUUUGUAUAUGUCAUCUUUACAACAUAAGUGUGAUAUAACUGCAUAUCCUUGUGAAUCGUAUAAAGAUUACAGGAAUGGAAAAUGUGUGAGCUGUAAUUUUAAAUCGCUCCCAUGCCCAGUAUUAGGAUACUAUGCUGAUAAAUGGAAGGAUCAUUUACUUGAAAACAAUCCUCCCAUGACAACAGCUUACUUUGAUACUUCAGACAAAGAUCCAUUUUGCAUGUAUCAUUAUUCUUUGGAUAUUAUUACAUGGAAUAAAAGCACUAGGAGAGGUUUCAUAAAUAUAAAAAUAACAGAUAAUUCAGGAAAUACAGUAGAAUCCACAAUUAAUAGUGAUGCCACUGUAUUUCAACAAUAUAGACAAACAAAGAUACUUGCUGGAUUUUAUCUGGAUUUUGGAAACAUUUCAGCAAUUGCUUUGACAUUUUCUACAAGGAAUACAGUGGGCCCCAAGUACAAGCUUAGAGUUCUCGAAAUGAGAUUAAAAUCUCUUUCAUAUCCAGAAAGGAUCCAGUUAUGUAGAUAUGAUUUAAUACUUGUGGAAAAUGUUGAAACAACUUUUACACCUAUCCCAUGCUAUGAGAUAAAUAUGCAAGACAAUUGAUUAUUUCAGGAUAUUGCAUACAAGUAAAAUUAAAAAGACCAACAUGAACUGGUAACAAGUUUAAUUGGCUCCCUUCAAGAAAGUUAAUUUGCCAAUUUUAUGAUUACCUCUGAAGAUCACAGAAUGAACUUUUAAAAGAAAUUAAGAUAUUUUUCAUGUGCCUAGUUGCAUAUGUUAGCAAUCAAUUUCUAGUUAAAAAGCACUCAGAGCUGUGAAUUAUUUUUUGAGAAGAUUUCAAUUUCAGUCUUAUGCACAAUGAUGGUGAUAUACCAUUGAAAUUAACAGUAAUAAUUUCAUCACUAAAUGCAGGAUCAUACUACAUUAAAAUGUAUAUGUUAAUGCUAUUGUUGAAAAAAGUUUUGGGUUUUGAGGAUAGAUGAAGCAACUUUUCCAUUAGAGUUAACAGCAAAAACCCUAAAUAUCAUAAACAGAUGCUAUGAUGAUAAAACUGAACAAUGUCUCACAGAUUUACAUUUGUGUGAAAGGACAUGUACAGACUUGGGAAGUUGAAAAAACAAGGAUACAAUAAUUUUCUUAAUGAAUGUACUAGAGAUAAAAUUAAUCAAGAAUAAAUGUGUUCAAGCCUGCAACAUAAUUGUUGAUAAAGUUGGGAAUUCAUGGGGAUUUCUAAUUAAACAUAAUUUUAAAAUUGUAAGCAAUAGAAGCAAUGUCUACUAUUCAGGUUAUUGAUAAAAUUCUAGGAAAUUUGAAAAAGACUCCCUCUGAUGCUAGCACAAGAAAUAACCUUUGAGAUUAAAGCAAGCAGUCACAGCUAUAAAACAAGGGUGGGUUUUAGCUAGUGUUACUGCCAGAUUGCUCAUGUGUGUGUUCUGUGCGCAUGCGCUGGAUGUGCGCUGUGCACACAUGCACAGUUCAAAGGAAAUUGUUCUGCGCAUGCAUAGAACUAAAAAAAAUGGUGGUGGUGACGGCGGCGACUGGGGAACUGGUUCAUGGGCAUGGCCAGCCUGCGACCCACUUCUGCUACAAAAUGAAGAUUAUGGAUGGAGCAAAUUACCAGAAGCAAGAGUAAAGUGAGAAAAAUAUUUAUAGUUGAAAUCUUUAAACUGACCAGUUAAAGAUCUGGCACAGUUUAAAAAUGUAUAUAAGUAUAUGAGAAAAGUAAGUAGAAAGGGAAAUGGACAGUGAAGAUUCACUAUGGAUCAUGCUGGACCAUUUUGGGGGGAAAAUAGAUCUAAGGGGAAAAUGUGAAUCAAACAGCUGCUUCUUAUAGCUAUCAAGAAUUGUAGUCUGCUUAUGAGUAGAGUGGCUGAGUGUCUCCUUUGAUUGCUAUUGGCCCUUAUCUAACUUUCACUAGGUGCUGACCAUUAGUUGAGAAGAUUCCUCUUCAUAACUAAUAGCAUAAGGAACCCCAUUUCUUAAUCACUUUUUGGAUUAGUUUCCUUCAUUACUUGGGACAGAUUAUACUCUUCCCACUGGAAAAUUUUUACUUUAUUUGAAGGCGAGCAAAUUGAAGAAAGAAUUUGUUGAAUAUUAUUUUGAACGUUCUGGAUAAGUUUUUUUUUUAUUUAACAGCAAAAGGAUACUUAGAAUAUGAAUUUUGAAAAGCUAACAGAAGAUUAAGGAUCCAUCUAGACUUCGAAGUAUAUUUUUUAUUAAUUACAAUAAUUCUUAGCAUGGAAAAAUUGUGAUUUUUUUAAAAGAAGAAACAUGAUAGUGAUACAUUGAAUGUUUGACACUUGUGGGAGCUACAAGAUAAUAAUUUUUUCUUGUUAAUUAGCAAUGGAGCAAAAUGUUUUGAUGGGUAUUUUUGAAUAUUGGUCUUCAAAAUGACUUGAUAUGAUAGGUAGUAUAUUAUUGAAGUUACAGAAGAUGUAGUAUACCAAAUAAGUUUAAAAUUAAUUUGUAUGUAGAUUUAAAUGUGUCAAAUGUACAGCAUGAGUCAGGAAGGGUGCACAGAGAUCUGCAAGUGGUACUGCACUGACUGGGAGGGUGCAACAUGGGUCAGAAAGGGUGCAAGAUAUGUGUGCAGUGAAGUUGUGUGGAGGGGAGAGACUCACCCAAGCAACUUGUAAUCUUUCCUGCCAACUUUCCCACUGCUGAUGCUUCCUGCUAUCUUGCUUGUGACAAGCUGUCAAGGAGCAUCAGCAAUCACAAUUGAGUUUCUACUUCUUCCAGCAUCUUAUUGACUUCUGGGAAGCCAGCAUGGAGCAUUGAAUAUGAUAAUCAAGUGACUGUGGCUCACCAAUGCUGAAUGCAGUAUGGUAGUACUGAAGUGGUCACAGCUUCCCCAAAUUUCAUUCCCAUAGGAAUCAUGGGUCUCGGGACCUGGCAUUCUGUAUUUGAAGCACAUUGAUUAAAAAAAUAUGACCCUAGAUGCACUGUUUUGCCCAGUUGAAGGUUAGAAACAGACAAACAGGCUUAAUAAUAUAUAGAUAGUACUAUAUAUAUAUAUAGAUAGCAACUUAAAAUUUAAAGCAUGUUGAAUAACAAUAAGAACAAAAAAUGCUGUCAUUUUUGUUGUACUGGGUUAAUUCAAUAUUGCAAAAUUUAAAAAGUGAUAAAGAUUGCGAAUAAAAAUCUAUUUCUGAAAAAAAAAUGUUUUAUGUGAAACACAUUAUGAUGUAUCAACUACAAGCUAAAAGAAGCUUGGAUUUUUGGAAGAAAAUGUUUUAAUGAAAUGUCAUGUAUAACUAAAAGGAAAGUUACAUUUUAUUUUGUUAGUUACUUUUUUCAACUUGUAUGGUUGUUUAUUUGAUUCUAAACAGCAGUAAAAACAAUAGCAAUAUAGCAAUAUAUAAACAGCAGCUGAAAUAAACCAUAAGCAGCUAUUAGCAUAAUUAUUUCACAGUAUUUCCAGUAUGUUUCAAGCUCCAUACCUGAGAGAAAUUUUGAAGGCUUUACAUUAGACCAACCGGAUCCAGGCAAUCUCUGGAGGAUUAUGUUCCAAAGAAAAGGUACCAUAAUAUAAAGAGUUUGUGGUUUAGGUCUUGCCAAGUGACACUCUUUGAUAGGACUCCUAGCAUGCCACUUAUGUUGGAUCUCACACAACUGAUAGACACCAUUGGAGAAGUAAUUCCACAAAUAACCCAGUCCAUCCCAUGAAGGGCCAUAUAGAUAACUACUGGUACCAUACCAGUGGUGGGUUCCAGAUCCCAUUGCAACUGGUAUGCUGCAAUGGGGCCGGGCGUCCACCACGUGCA